AUGGAAACGGAUGAACACGUCAAGACGAUUAGACGUGAUGGGCGCAAGGGGCGUGCGUCGUUUCCGUUUGCAACAAGUUUCCUUUUGUCGUUGUUGCUCGGCAACAUUGGAGGGAGCAGAAUAUUGCGACGUCAUCGACUUCAACCGGGGAAGACUGGGCGGCUGGUGUCAUCGCACCGACACGAUCGAGUGGCCGUUCUGUGGACGGGGGUUACCAAGUACCUCGUCCAGUGGCCCGGCCAUGUCGAGAUCUUGGCCAACGUCACUUGCACUUGGACCUGCUAUGGCGCACGUUUAUGGGGAGCGGCAGACGAGCGGGAGCUCGCAAUGAUCACGUCGUGCUCCGUCUGA